AUGCGCUACUUUAGCUCUCUCAACUCCGAAGCAACCUUGAAAUUAUUUGGUCAAUCGCAUGGAACUCUAUAUCCCGUUAAUCGACCUGUUGGAAUUGUUGCAGUGAAGGUGUUUAACCUAUCACGCUGGGGAGUUUCUAAUAGUUUUAUAAUCGAAUGUGAGAUGUUUAGAAAUAUCAGGCAUCGCAACAUCGUCAAGAUUAUUGUAACAUCAUGUCCAAGUAUUGAUGUUCGUGGUAAUGAUUUCAAAGCUCUGGUUUAUGAGUUCAUGCCAUGGCAUGGAAGUUUGGAGGAAUGGUUGCAUCCAAGAUUUGGAACACAAAAUCCACCCAAGAAUUUAAAUCUUCUUCAGAGGCUUGGCAUUGCCAUAGAUGUUUCUUGUGCAUUGGAUUAUCUCCACAAUCAUUGUGCAACACCAAUAGUUCAUUGUGAUAUCAAGCCAAGCAAUGUUCUUUUAGACGGCCAGUUGACUGGACUUGUUUCCGACUUUGGAUUAGCAAGAUUUCCAUCGAAACCCAACACAGGAUCUGUUGGCUAUGUGGCGCCAGGAAAGAAGGCCAGCAACCAGAUGUUUCUCAACGACCGCGAUCUUCGUACUUCCAUUGAGAUGGCUUUACCCGCCGGAGUUAAAGAGAUUGCAUAUCCAAGACUCUUUCUUCAAGAAGACGGCCAUAUUACCCGUCCCCUUCAGGAGUGCUUGAGUUGGAUAUUUGGUAUUGGAAUUGUGUUCUAG